UAAACCGCGAAAGUUCAAAAUGUUUUGCGCCGAAUUCCCCCUUUCAAAACGUUACAAAAAAACAAGUUAACGAAAGAUAGAAGAAAGAACUAAAAAGAGAUCCUUUGAGUUAAGCGGGGUCCGCAAAAACCCAAAACCCUUUGAUUCUUCCGUUUCCUAUCAACAUGACAGUUUAACUCCUCUCUCUCUCUCUCUCCUCAAAUCUCUAUUAUCUAAAUUAACAAUGGCGAAUCGCUUUUGGGGAUUUAUGCAUGAUGAUGAUGAUGAUCCCCCAAAUGAACCGUAUCGAUUUCCGUUAUUAGAAGUCGAAGAAGACGAUGAAGAUGAGUACGAAGAAGAAGAAGAAGAAGAAGAGGAAGAGGAAGAGGAAGAGGAAGAGGAGGAGAGAGAAAAUGAUGAAGAAGCUUAUCAUUCUGUGGCUAUGGCGUCUAGGGUUUCGGAAAUUGAGGAGAGAGAAACUGAGGAAGAAGCUUCUCAUUCUGCGGCUAUGGCGUCUAGGGUUUCGGAAACUGAGGAGAGAGAAAAGGAUAUGUCGGCAAGGUUGAUUCAUGAUUCUGAAGCUACGACAUCGUCUUGUGGUGAAGGAGAGGAUAGUCAGAAAGAGUGGAAUUAUAAAGAGGAUACUGAAGGUUUAUUUUGCUCUAUUUGUAUGGAACCUUGGACUACUUCUGGUGAACAUCAACCUAGUUGUCUCACUUGUGGGCACUUGUUUGGAAUGUCUUGCAUCAAGAAGUGGCUUGGACAACGAAGAAACUCGGGAAAGUGUCCGCAAUGCAACAAGAAGUGUACAUUGAAAGAUAUCCGGAGGAUCUAUGGGUCAAGGGUUGUUGUAGUUGAUGCAGAGUCACAGAAGAGAAUACGAUUUCUGGAGACUAAAUGUGAUUCUCUUGAGAAGAAGGAUGAAGAAUGGCGUAAGAAGGAAGUUGAUUGGCGUAUGGAAAUGUUAGUUUUACAGAAGCAAGAUGAGGAGUUGUGUCAGCUAGUCGAGCAACUUAAUGAGAGGGCAGAAAAUCUUAAACGUGCACUGUUAGAAGUAAAAAAUGAAUCAUUGAUCGUGGAUUGUGAUACUGAUGGGUUUCAAGAAAGAUCAGCUAGAGGGCUCAAGGUUGGACUAACUAAUAGGACAGUUGCGCCUUAUACAUUCAAAUUACAGUGUCAGCGAUGGCUUGCGUACAAACCUGUCAAAUGGGUUGGUCGGGUUGGGGUCAAAUAUCUUCAGCAAGAGUUGGCAGUAGAUGGUGCACGAUAUUUUGAUGUGGAUGAUGCUGGUCAAACAUUGAUUAUUGCACGAAGACCGACUAGAAUUGGUGGACCCCAUAUCCUUACCAAAAUGAGCUUAGUUUCCCCUCAUGAGCAAGAUAACGUGCUACUUCCUUCGUCAGUCAAAGGAGUUAGGGACUUGCAUCUUUCUUCGUUUGCCCGACUUGCACUACUGGCUUCAAUGGGGAAGAAACUAUCAGUAUUAAGUAUGGAAAGCAACAAUAUUGUCCUCAACUAUGAUUUACCGGCUGCUGCUUGGUCAUGUUCCUGGGAUAGCAACAAUUCACAUUAUGUCUAUGCUGGAUUACAGAAUGGUAUGCUUUUAGUGUUUGAUUUGCGACAAACUGAAAGGCCUUUGGAAUCGAGGUUCGGACUGACUUGCAAUCCUGUUCACACCAUAUACUCUCUAUUAGAGGAUUCACCAGCUCAUACAGGAGUUAAGAAACUUCUUACGGCUUCUUCAGUUGGCUUGUGUGAGUGGAGUGUUGGCAGUGAAUGUGUAGGGCCAUCAUUAGUUACAGAAACAGCAAAUCAAGGAGUUUGUAUAUCACUCGCUCAUUGCCCUAGCAGUGACAAUAUUGUUGCGACAUAUCGUCCGAAAGUGGAGAUGCCUGAUGAUCAUGGCAUUUCUCAACUAUCACAAGGUCCCUCGUCUACCAUGGGGCACCAUGUGCAGGGUUCACAUGUCUUUAUGCAGAGAGUGAAUUCUACUUAUCAAAGGUUUGGAUCAAUGCUUGCUUCUGUACCUGGCAUUCGGCUUCCGAAAUCAACCAUUAUAGGAAUGGGGAAUGGCACCCCUGUAUUCGCAUGUGGAGACGAAGCAAUGUCUAAUUUAGUCUUGCAAGAGUUACCCUCAUUAACAAUUAUCGAGCGUCUCCAAUCUCACCAUCCUAUCCGUGAUGUGAAGUACACUACCUCCAUCAAGCCCAGUCUACUUUGCUGCUUGAGUGAAGAUACGAUGCAGUUCUUCUCUCAAAAACUUCUGUGAGUAAGGUAGUAAUAAGAAAUGUUGGCUGUUGAGUUGUAAUUUGAUGUCACUUUCUUGAAGCGCUGAGGAUAUAAAAGGCGGGUUGCUCUGGGCAUAUUAACUUAAUAGAUUAUCAAUAUUAUGCUUUACCUUGUAUAUAAAUGCUUUUGGUUCUAAUGGAAAGGAAGUAGAUUAUUUACACGA